AUGUCCGCCAAGCCCGUUCUUCACUAUCUUGAUAUUAAAAACCUCGGCCGUGGAGAGGUUGUUCGCCUCUUUCUCCACGAUGCCGGUAUUGAUUUCGAAGACAAGCGCUAUCCGCUCGAUGACAGCUGGGCCAAAAACAAAGCCGACCUGAAAGAAAAGGGUCUGACAGUCACUGGCUUAGUGCCGUCGCUGGAAUACAAAGGCGUUGUUUUGACGCAGCACAUCCCCAUCCUGCGAUACCUAUCCCGCGAACUCGGCCAGUAUGACGGCGAAACCAACUACGACAAAUGGCUGGUUGAUGCUGUUUCCGACAUCUACAUUGACUGGAGGGACAACUGGGUGCGAAACUUUUUCAACCCCUUCCCCGAGUACAAGACCGAGACGGCACCGGCCUUUUACAAGAACAUCGACCACUACUACUCCAAGGACAAGAGCGGUCCCUAUCUGCUUGGAAAUACCGUCAGCUAUGCCGAUUUUGCGGUGUUUCAGGCGAUUGAUAAUGAUAUUACUACUGGUGGUAUUGCACAGGAUGCCCUGCCCGAGUCAUUGGUCGUGUUGAAGAAGGCCAUCGAAGGUCGUCCCAAUGUGGUGGAGUAUUUGAAGACUAGGUAG